UUGUGGACCAAACGGAAUCAAAAACGUCCUUUAAGGGUCUCCCUCUCGAUCUCUUUCCAGGAACGUCUCCGGCUGCGGCGGAAUUCAUUUUGUCGCCGUUCGUUUGCGGCCGUAAAAUCGCGCAACCAUGAACAGCGUGGCAAACUGGCUGGUGGACAACAAGGACAAGAUCGAGAAAGGGGUGGACAUCAUUGGGCAGGCCUCCGAGGUCCUGGCCGCCACCGUGGGCCAGUUGCACCCGAUCCUGGAGGCGGUGUUCAUGGCCUCGGCCGAGAUCCUCAGCAACCCGGAGGGCAAGGAGGCCGUCUAUUUGAGCCAGAAGAUCGAACAGGUUAACCAGAAGCUGGUGGGGAUCCAGACCGAGAUCGACCAAAUCGCCCUGGAGUUGCAGCGGGCAUCGAUGAACAAGCAGAACGUUGACCGCGAGGCUCACAUCCUGGGCCAGUACGAGAAGUUCCAGGAGUUCAUCAACACCAAGCCGAGCAUGAAAGAGAAGAAGAAGGACAAGUUCAUCAAGUAUUACGAGAACACCGAGGCCGACCUGAACCUGGAGGCCCUCUACAACGCCGUCACGGGGGAGAACACGGCGGGCGACCCCAUGCUGGACACGGUGGUCACCACGGAGCAGAGGAGCCGGAGGGCGGUGGAGGACUUCUGCGCUCGGCUCAAGAAGCUCUUUGUGGUCGGCCUCAUCGCCGUCAUGGGCUACGCCGCCCUCAAAGAAGGUGUGGUGGAAACGGGCCUGAUGACCAAGUGGCAGGACCGGAUGGAGGUGGUGGAGAAGCGCAUGAAAGCGGCCGUGGACCACUGCACCGAGACCUUUGUGGACCAGGCCAAGCUGGACCUGGAGGAGGCGCUCAAGGAGACGGCGUGCGCGGUCAGCGAGGACUUCACGCGGUCGCUGCUGUCGACGCUGGUCAAGAAGUACGACUGGGUCAACUGGUCGGUGCGCGCCUUCAACAACCGCGAGCGCAUCUUCUUCUACAACUGGCUGGCGGGGCGCAAGUUCCACGGCAGCGGCGGGGCCAACUGGUUUGAACUGACGACCGACAACAAGAUCAGGGUGGUGGUGUCGUUCUGCGUGGACCCGCAGCCCAUCGACAAGACUCGGAUCUACGAGCAGAUCGAGCAGCAGAGGCUGAAAGGCAACAUGAUGGCGGUGGCCCUGACGCUCAACCGCUGCUUCCCCGACUGCCUGGUGCACGCCGUCAGCCACUACAAGGAGGUGGUGGAGUCCAACAACUUCAGCGUGGAGUCCUACUACUACGGCAAGCACAAGCGGGCCUUCCUGUGCAUCCAUCCGCAGUAGGGCCGGCCGUAACGCACCGUCAUCAAAGAAUGUUCAAUGGACUGGACUCAGUCAAUUCACUUUUGUUGAUUUUAUGUGGUUCUUAUUUCAUCUCAGACAAUUUA